AUGCUCAACACCGCAAUUCCUCUCUCCCUCGCGGAGAAGUUCGACUUUUUUCCCGCUCUUGUGUCACUCUGCCUCACGGUCGUGUGGUCAAUGUUCACGGGGAUUUGGCGCUCGUCGUCCUAUCCUAAAAGCUGGUUUUUACAUGUGGGAUAUGCCGCAUUCCGGAAGGCAACCACUCGACUAUCGAUUGCACAGAUGCAGUAUGUGAUGCCUCCAACGAAUAAGAUCUACGAUCAGUACGUGCGCAAGGCCAAGAAAGUAGCGGACACCGUAGACUUAGGACACGGAGCGUUAGGGCAUUGGAUUGGAGACCGCAAUGCUGAUAAUAUCUUAAUUUGGUAUCACGGCGGCGGAUUUGCCCUCCCUGCGAACUUGGGUUAUUUCAAUUUCUUCGCUCGCCUGAUCGCUGACAGUGCGCGUGCCAAUAAAUCGCUGGCAGUUUUCAGUCUAACGUACACAUUGGCGCCGCACGCAACUUAUCCCACACAGAUUCGGCAAGCUGUGGAAGCCCUGCGAUACGUAGUCGACCAGACCAAUCGCUCCCCGGGACAUAUCCUCCUGGGCGGUGAUUCGGCAGGAGGGAACAUGGUCGGCGGUGUGUUGUCUCACUUGGCUCAUCCUCACCCUGCUAUUGUCCCAGUGAACCUAUCCGAGCAUCUACGCGGCGCGGUCAUGAUCGCUCCCUGGACGUCGAUGGAGACGGAUUAUUCGGGACAAGACAUCGAUUCUCGGGGGGAUCUAAUCACGCCCGCGGUAGCUGGCCCAUGGGCCAGCGCCUACCUGGGAACUGCCAAGCGUGAUUACUAUACCGAUUUAUCCAGUGCGCCGACAGAGUGGUAUACGACGUUUCCGGUGAAGAAGGUCUUAGUUUGUGCCGGCGGUAGUGAAAUCCUUUUCCCGAUUAUUCAGGACUUCGUAACGAAAUUCAAGGAGGGCUUCCCAGAUGUGGAGUUUUGUGUUGGCCAUCGGGAGGGUCAUGUCGCACCAAUUUACAACUUGUACAUUGGGGACCAGACUGAGACAGAACAGGGGAAACGAGUCAAGAGUUGGUUGCGAGAGACCUUAUAG